GGACUCAACUUUGGUGCGCCAGCUACUUCGACCACUUCAACUGCUGUCACAACCACAUCCGCAGGGGGUUUGAGUUUUGGAGGUUUUGGAUUAGCUAAGCCAGGGACUACCACCACUCCAGCCACCACCAGUACUACUGCCACCGCAGUCACAACGAGUGGCUUUUCACUCAGCAGUCUAAUAAAGCCCUCUGAAAGCACUGCUCCUACUACUUCUGCUGUCACUUCCGCUGCUGCAGUUACAACGGCUUCUACUACUACUUCUGCCGUUACUGCUACCACCACAACCACAACAGGUUCUAGUGGUGCCGCUUUACCGUCCGCCGCCACCUCACUUACCUAUCGUCAGCUGGAAGAUAUGGUGAAUAAGUGGACUUAUGAAUUGGAUGAGCAGAGUCGUAACUUUUCUGCAGAACUAAAUCGACUGAACAAGGCGGACGGGGUGCUGAUUGCCAACGCGGAAAAGAUAUCUGACUUGCAUGCGAAGGUGGAGGCUUGUAAGGCAGGACAAAGUCGUAUCGAGCAGGUUAGUUUCAAUUCUGCUAAGCGGUUUGGUCGAUUAAAGCAUCAGCAUACUCACGAUUACACAAUUUGGUGCUCUUUAGCGCUGUCCCGUAUUUGUGGUGUGGUGCAUCGAAUCCGAUAA